UUCAUUUAUAAUUAACUCCAUCUCACUCUCUCUCUCUCUCUCUCUCUCUCUUCUCUCUUUCUCUUUCUCUCACUGAUCUCUCUCACACCAUAGUUUUCUUUCUUCCCUUCAUUGUGCUAUAUAAGUAAGAGCAAAAGCUACUACAGUCUUUAGUGCUAGUUUCCACUUGCAAAUGGGACGAUCACCAUGCUGCGACAAGGUAGGUUUAAAGAAAGGACCAUGGACUCCGGAAGAAGAUCAGAAGCUCUUAGCUUACAUUGAAGAACAUGGUCAUGGAAGCUGGCGUGCCUUGCCAGCAAAAGCUGGGCUUCAGAGGUGUGGCAAGAGCUGUAGACUGAGAUGGACCAAUUAUCUCAGACCUGAUAUUAAGAGAGGAAAGUUCAGUCUGCAAGAGGAACAAACCAUCAUUCAACUCCAUGCCCUCUUAGGAAACAGGUGGUCGGCAAUAGCCACACACUUGCCAAAGAGAACGGACAACGAGAUCAAGAACUACUGGAACACACAUCUUAAGAAAAGGUUAACAAAAAUGGGAAUUGACCCUGUCACACACAAACCCAAAAACGAUGCACUUCUCUCCAGUGAUGGUCAAUCCAAAACCGCUGCAAACCUCAGCCACAUGGCCCAGUGGGAAAGUGCUCGACUUGAAGCUGAAGCAAGACUAGUGAGAGAGUCAAAGCUACGUUCGCAUUCACUUCAGCAACAAAUUGGAAGUUCUUCUACAUUUGCAUCAUCAUCUUCUGCAUCCACUUCAGCUUCAGUGCUCAACAAUAAUAAACCAGAAGCACCACCUCCGCCACCGCCGCCGCCGUCGCGGUCCUCCCUUGACGUCCUCAAGGCUUGGAACAACGGAGGUUGGUUGAAGUCCAGUGAAGGGAGUGGCGCCAUUGCAAGCACGGUUGGGGUAAGUGGGGACCUUGAGUCUCCUACUUCUACGUUAUCUUUCUCUGAGAAUGCACCACAGAUUAUGAAUGCGAUUGGAGGAGAAAAUAACAACAACAACAAUGAUAACGCAAUGCCUAUGAUCGAGUUUGUGGGAAGUUCGGGUAAUUCUUCUUCUCUUGUGAAAGAAGAGGGUGAGCAGGAAUGGAAAGGUUACGAUAGUUCUAUCAACACUUUCAGUUCUGGUUUGCAUGAGUUCACGAUGGCCAUGGAGGGCACUUGGGUCCACGAGACUCUCAGAACCAAUGGCUCACAUGAUGACAUUGUUGAAGAAGGCUUCACCAAUCUUCUCCUUAAGACAAACUCGGAAGAUCCAAGUUUGUCGUCGGAAGGUGGAGGAGAGUCUAACAAUGGUGACGGUAGCGCCGGUCACAGUGAUUUUUACGAAGAUAACAACAACUAUUGGAACAGCAUCCUUAAUUUAGUGAAUUCAUCUCCUUCUCAUUCUCCUAUGUUCUGAUGUUAGGUGAGGAAUGGAUCAUCAAAGGUUGAAUUUUCACCUAGUUUUGUUGGGUGAAAAGUUAUGUUUAUCUCUUACUUUCAUCACAACCACUUACAACAAUUUUUAUAGGGCCAAAGUUUUUAACGAGAUAAACUCAAAUUCAUGCGACAAGAUGAAGUGAAAAUUCAAACACAGGAGCAUUUGUUUUCGUGUUGGAAAGGGUUAUGUCAGUGUGAGUCACAUAGAAGCUGCAUAUUCCUGAAAUUCAUGACCCAAGUCAGAAAUGGUUUAUUUUUCUUCCCACAUCACCAUGAAAUGAACAUGCUCACACAAAUAUGUGGAGUUCCAUAUAGUGGUUUUUGUUGAUGCUUUAACAGAGACUCUUUUUUUAUUUUUUCUUUUUUAUUUUAUAUUUUUCUUCCGUUGGAAGUGUGUUAUUGUAAUUUUCUGAUACCUAGUUUUGGAAAACAGCUCACUGGUUGGUCGUUUCCAGCAUCAAAUGUUUAUAUCAAUUUGUUUGGAUUUGGGUUUGAUUUUGAUCUUUCUGAA